AUGAGCACAAGAUAUUUUUUCACACCGGACUCAUUAUGCGAUUCCGGAAGUACAGUUUCCAAUUUCCCGAUCGAUAGGAACCUGCAAGCUAGGCCGUCUCGAAACUCGCCUCCUAUGUUGAUAAGAUUGGCUAUGAAGAUAUCAAGGUCAAGGUGGUACAGUUUUCUUCGAAGAGUUUUCCACUACCAAAACGGGUCUGGGUCGGACCUCGGGCCCAACCCGUUCGAUUCGAAAAAAUGGAUGGCAAUGGAGUUGUUGACACUUGUGAUUCAAAUUAGUUUAACGGUUUACACUCUCAUAGUGUCCAAAGACGAGAGGCCAGUUUGGCCCAUGAGACUAUGGGUUGUGGGCUAUGCUUUGGCCUGUUUUUUUAGUAUUGGGCUUGUCUGUUUUCGUUACAGGCUCGUUUACUUGGCCCAACUGGACGGCUAUGGUUUUGAUGUUGAGCAGCAGGGGAACCAUCAAGAAUCAAGUCUCCAGCUAUCUUUAGCAUCUUUAACAAAUUUCAUACAUUUAUUAGAGCAAAAAACAUGA